UCUUUCUCCUCGAUUCAAAGAUGGGUCGUGUUAGGACCAAGACUGUGAAAAAGGCCUCAAGAGUCAUUAUCGAGAAAUAUUAUCCACGUCUGACCCUUGACUUCCAUACCAACAAGCGUGUCUGUGAUGACAUUGCCAUCAUCCCAAGCAAGAAACUAAGAAACAAAAUUGCUGGGUUUGUCACCCAUCUGAUGAAGCGUAUCCAGAAGGGUGCUGUGCGUGGAAUUUCCAUCAAAUUGCAGGAGGAGGAACGUGAACGAAGGGACAACUAUGUACCAGAGGUGUCUGCCAUUGAGCAAGAUAUCAUUGAGGUUGACCCAGACACCAAAGAAAUGUUGAAAGUCUUGGAUUUUGGAAACAUUUCUAACCUGCAAGUGACUCAGCCAAUCAACGCUACUCAGAGUUUCCGCCCUGGUGGAGGCAGUGGUGGCAUGAGAUCUUAAAGGGCCACUUUGUUGUGCAAAAAAUAAUAAACAUGUACAAAUAGAGAAC